AUGGCAACCACACUGAAAAAGCGAGGAAAAGCAAAGCAGGAAACUGCUGAGUGGGACAUCUUAUUCCACCAAGAACUGAGAACACAGGAGCAGUCUUUAGUGUUUGUGAAGCGAAUGUUGGUCCUUGCCGUGUCCUCUAUAACUUACCUUCGAGGAAUAUUUCCAGAAGAUGCAUAUCGUUCUCGCUACUUAGAAGAUUUAUGUAUCAAAGUUCUAAGAGAGGAUUGUUCAGCUCCAGGAGCCUGCAAAAUUGUCAAGUGGAUGAUGGGUUGUUUUGAUGCUUUGGAGAAAAGAUAUCUGCAAAUUGUGCUUAUUGGGGUGCACAGAGACCCAGAUGACAGUAAUCAUGUCAUAGAGUCUUAUCAGUUUAAGUUCAGAUACUCAGAACAUGGGCCGCAGAUGGACAUCCUUCGAAAUGAGAGUAUGGAGAUAAGCGUGACCAUGGAGGAUACAAAGAAGGCCUCAGUUCUGCUGAUCAGGAAGCUGUUUCUCCUUAUGCAGAAUCUAGACACUCUGCCUAACGAGGUCUCCCUCAGCAUGAAGCUCUACUACUAUGAUGAUGUCACCCCACCUCACUACGAGCCCCCUGGCUUUAAGGAGGGAGUGUGUGACAGCCUCUGGUUUGAGGGCACAGCAGUGCACUUCAGAGUGGGAGACCUGCACACGCCCUUCCACGUCCUGAAGAUUGGCGUAGCGGUCGAACAGGGCCGCGUGAGCAAGCUUCGGGAGGGCAACCACCUGAGAGAGUCUGUCCAGGACUCAUCCCCUCAGAGCUGCAGGCCCACAGCCCUGCACGAGGAGGACCUGCCAUCUGAGGAUGAAUCAGCUGCACAGUUCAAGCAGCCCAAGAAAGCCUUGGUUAAGAGAGAAGGCAACAGACUGUCAAAGAGAAAGAAGAAAGAAAUGUAA